CGGCUCUCCCAGCCCCCCGAGCCCCCCGAGCCCCCCGAGCGAGCCCCGGCAGCGGCGAUGGGCUAGCGGGGAGCCGGAGAGCGGGCCCCAGCCCAGCCCAGCCCAGCCCAGCCCAGCCCAGCCCAGCCCGAGCAUGGACUGGCUGAGCCAGCGCUGCCCGCUGCCCUCGGCCCACACCUGCCCUCGCCCGGGAUGGGGCGCCUGGCUGCUGGUGGUGAUGGUCUCUCUCCUUAUGUACCCAGUGCUGAGAAGCAUCGGCCUCCAGGUGCAUUCCGCCCUCACCGGCAAUUACAUCUCAGGGACCCAUUCUGUCGCUUUCGUCAAUUGUCCCAACGAGCAGAUUGCCAAAGACAUCGCCAGGGCGAUUAUGGAUAAGAAGUUGGCAGCUGGUGUGAAUAUUCUACCAAAGGCCUUAACCCUGUAUUUCUGGAAAGGAGAGAUCGAGGAAGCCACUGAAAUCCUGCUGUUGGUGAAAACCAAGACUUCAAAGAUAAAUGAACUUUCAAACUACAUCAGAUCUAUCCAUCCUUUUGAAAUCCCCGAGAUCAUCAGCCUACCCAUUGACCAAGGAAAUGCUCUUUAUUUAAAGUGGAUUGACGAAGGAGUGACUGAGGACUAACUGGAUGAAGGUCCUAUCCUGUCAGAGCAAUGUGGACUUUUCCCAUUCUCCCCAUGGUGAAAUAAUGAGAACGCUUGCUCUCCUCAGAGCACAGAUUGAGCUUUCUCCUCUCCAGGUAACACUGAGAACUGAAAGCCAGGCCUUGCUUCAACAAACAGCUUGUGAUUUUUCUGAACCUGGACUCCCCCAGAUUUUCACCACUAGUGAGUGGUCUGAAAGCAGUUAGGCAGAUUUCUGGGGGCUCUGGGUCUCUAAAUGCCAGGAACUGGUGGGAACUGAAGUUGCAACGGAAGAACUGAAGAAGGAAACACUGUGCUGAUUCUCUCUAGCCAACAGACUUUCUGGACUCUCGCUUGAGAGCCUUGGGAAGUCAGAAGAUAGGGCUCUGUUCCCUGAUCCAACACUUGCCUCCUGAGUGACCUUAACAUCUCUGUGACUUGAUUUCCUCACCAGUAAAAUGGGGAUUAAAAUACCUGUUCUUACUCUCCCUUAGGUUGUGAGCCCCAUGUGGGACAGAGACUGUGCCUGACGUGACUGUAUUUUAACCAACCCAGUUCUAAGCACAGGGCUUGGCAGAUAGUAAGUACUUAACAAAUACCUCAGUUAUCAUCACCAAGUAAGCGCUUAACAAUACCACAGUUUUCAUCCCAAAUGCCACAAUUGUUAAGUCCCUCCAAAAUGCAACCUCUUUAGCAGAUUCCAGUGGAAGAAAAUAGAAACAUAUGCAUUUAUUUCAGCUCUGGGACCAUAAGGACUGGAAUCAUUUUCUGUCCUAUGCCCUUGAAGUAGAGAGUAACACAGACUCUCAAGCUGCUCCCUGUUCACACUUUUGAAAGCAACACACACAUUCUAUAAUAGGUGACUGUUCUGAGGGGAAGGGACGGGGAAAAGGGUUAGUCCAUCUCAGGGAGCUGGACAGGGGUGUUUCCUGUGUUUAGGAACACUCCUGUAAGCACUGCCAAGUAGCAGCCAGGCUGUAGCUGGCAUUUGUGUGUUAGCAGGGGUCCUGAGGAAAAUCCACCCGCUCUGGAUUCUGGAUGACAUAUAUAGGUCUGGGAAAAUUAAAGAGACAUGGUUACAUAA